AUGUUUUCACAAAAAGCAACUCAACAAUCGCUGCGCCGGCUUGCUGCUGGGCAGCCAUCACUUAUUUCCCAAUUAGCCAUGAGGAGAAUCGCAGCUCCCGCAGCCAUCGGCGCAUCAAUGCAAACUAGACCAGUAACCACCGAAAAGUUAACCCCCAAAGAUAGCUACAACAUCCUCGUCGAGCAACGAAAACUCCGGCCUACCUCCCCUCAUCUCACAAUCUACCAACCUCAAAUUCCCUGGAUUAUGUCCGCCUUCAACCGUAUCACCGGCUGUGUGCUCUCGGGAGGUUUCUACGUUUUCGGUGCUGCAUACCUUGUUUCGCCUUUAUUCGGAUGGCACUUGGAUACUGCGAGUUUGGUGGCUGCAUUUGGAGCUUGGCCUUUGGCUGCAAAGAUUCUGGCCAAGUUUUCGCUGGCUUUACCAUUCACAUAUCAUUCUUUCAAUGGAUUGAGACAUUUGGCUUGGGAUAUGGGAACGACUUUCAAGAAUUCUCAGGUUAUUAAGACGGGAUGGGCAGUUGUUGGUAUAAGCGUUGCUAGUGCUUUUGCGUUGGUUGCAUUCUUGUAG